GCGGAAGGACACACGCCUCGACACAAGAAACAAGUAGCAGAGAUGCCAGCCAGCAUGACCGCAACGGCCGCUCCGAUGGAAACGCAGACCCAAAGCAAGUCGGACGUUGACUACGUGCUCGUAGACUUCGAGCCUCUUCACAAGCAGCGCUGGCGCAGUGAGACCGUGCGCCUCGUGUGCGUAGAAUUCCCACCGCACACGCGAAGUCUGUGGCACAAGCACCUAAACUAUGGCAUCUACGUGGUUAUGGCACCGCUCAACGUAACAGAGCAGCCGUUCGGUCAGGAACCGCGCCCGUUGGUUCAAGAGAAGGGCUCCGUUUUCUGUCGCGACCACACUAAGGACAAACUACUGCACGUGAUCAAUAGCCAUAAUACGCCGCUCUUUAUUGUAGAGGUGGAGCUGCUUAAGAAGAAAAAGGACAUUAUGCCGCAUGACCAGGUGGCGCUGCAUUCCAGUAAGGGCGUGGAGCUGCUAAACAACGAGCCCGAGUGCCGGGUAUACCGCCUGACGCUACAGAACGACUCAAGCGAAGGCCAGUCGGCUAACGAGAUCUCGCUCGGCCUGCCCACAGGCGCUGUUUUGGUCGGUUUAGACGACUGCGAGGUCGAAGUCACCAAUGUUUCAGAGGACCCAAUGGUCGACUCGGAGCGCACGCUGUCACUAAAGGUGGCGGACGACGUUCAACUGAGUGCUGGCAAAUUGAACCUUAAGCUGCUCUCGUCCAAGACCAGCAAGGUGCAGUUCAUUCUCGCCGAGGUGUAUUAAUCUAAAUCGCUCUGGCGUGAUCAUGAAGUGGUAAACUCUGUUAGCACCGAUGAGACUCUUGUCAAGACCAAACGCGGAUACAGAAUCGUUUAACUUUUGCCUAAUCUACUUUUUAUUGAUGCAA